UUGAAAUACUCGGGGUCAACCGUCCAGAGCAAUGGGGAGUGUGGUCAGGAAGUGAAGAAACGGGUCCAAGCAGGUUGGAACGGGUGGAGGAAGGUGGAGGAAAUCACAUCCUGUAACACCUAUUUUGUGAAUCCAUUUGAAGAAUCUCAACAAUGUUUAAACACCAAUUUUCUCUCCCUAUGUCUAUUUUCUUUCUGUCUCAUAUUUCUUCCAAUCAUUCCGUUCUCCUGUUUCCUCUUGUUGACUUUGGUGCUUUGCCAUUUUAACUCACGUAGUGUUUAACCCACAGUGUCCAAAUCGUCAUCUCGAUGUCAUCUGACUUGCACUUGCUUUUCUCAUCCCUCCAAAGUGUUGCGAUCGUCGUGUGAAAAUGUGUGCAAGGACAGCAGAGUACGAGGAGGAACUUUGGGGCCCAAAAGAGGAGAAGGAGCCACAACGUCAACUGCUGGACGCUGCGUUCAAUCUGCAGCCUCGAAUUGUGCUACGCAGAGCAGACGUCAGUGAAAAUCUUCAUCCAGAGCGGCAGGAGUCAGUGUCCCCUCACAUCAAAGAGGAGGAGGAAGAGUUCCUUCACAUUAAAGAGGACGAGCAGGAGGACAUAAUCAAGGUUCCAUCCACUGGUGUCCCUUUGAAGAGUGAAGAUGAAGGUCGAAUUCAGGAGAGACGAGGGGCGGAGCCACCAAACGGCAACAGCUCAAGUGAUGGAGACCACUGUGGAGGAUCACAAACAGACGGUGAUGAUGAUGAUGAUGAUGUUGAUGAACAGUUGGAAGGUGAUAUGACAUGUCACACUUCCAGCAAAUGCUGGAAAUGUUCGAAAUGUGGGAAAACCUUUGCUUCUCAGAGGAAUUUCAAACGACACAUGAAAAUACACACUGGAGAGAAGCCAUUUGCAUGCUCAGUUUGUGGGCAAAGAUUCUCCCGAAAGGGAACCUUAAAAAGUCACACAAGAACGCACACUGGUGAGAAACCUUUUGGAUGCUCAGUUUGUGGUCAAAGAUUCUCCUUAAAGGAAAACUUAAAUCGACACACAAGAACCCACACUGGUGAGAAACCUUUUUCCUGCUCAGGUUGUGGUCAAAGGUUCUCUUAUAAGGCUCUGGUUAAGACACACAAGUGUCCUGGUGAGACAAGCAGUGAUCAAGAAAGCCUUUAAUGCAAAUGUAAAUGUUUAAUAUAAAAGUAAUGACUAUGUGACUGACAGAAAUCUACAUGCUUGUAUUCUGUGUACCAGCUUUUAUUGCAUGUAUCUUCUUCUUGUCCAUAUAGUUUCUAAAAGCCGCGUGAGUGUUGAGAAUGAACACUGUUGCCAAAAUACUUAAAAGGGACUCGUUAAAGGUGGUGGGAAAGAGGGCGGGUGUGGAUCAGUAGAGCGGGUCGUCCAGUGACCGAAAGGUCGCCGGUUCGAACCCCGGCUCCGACUGUCCGUAUGUGGAAGUGUCCUUGGGCAAGACACCGAACCCUAAUUCGCUCCCAGUGAGCCUGGCAGCGCCUUGCACGGCAGCAGCCGCCCAGUGGUCAUCGGUGGAAUCAUUUACUGAUAAAAUAUUAGAUUUUCAGUCGCGUUGGAAAUCUCUGGCACGAGGCCGAUUCAAUACAUACAGUGGGUACUGAAAGUGUUCAGACCCCCUUCAAUGUUUCAGUUAUAUUGCAGUCAUUGAGGUUCAUUGUUUUCUCCUCCUUAAUGGACACACAGCACCCCAUAUUGGCAGAAAAAAGCGGAAUUGUUGAAAUGUUUGCAGAUUUAUUUCAAAAGAAGAACUGAAAUAUCACACAGCCACAAGUAUUCCGACUCUUUGCUCAGUAUUUAGUCGAAGCGCCCUUUUGAGCUCACACAGCCAUGAGUCUUUUUGGGAAGGAUGCAAGAAGUUUGUCACUACCUGGAUUUCCUGAUCAAGUCCGAUCAGCAUAAUCAAACACAGCUGGACUCCAAUGAAGGUGAAGAACCAUUUGAAGGAUGAUCAGAAGAAAUGGACACCACCCGAGUUAAAUAUAGGAGUGUCACAGCAAAGGGUCGGAAUACUUACGGCUGUGUGAUAUUUCAGUUUUUCUUUUGUUAAAAAUCUGCAAAAAUGUCAACAAUUCUGUGUUUUUCUGUCACUGUGGGGUGCUGUGUGUACAUUAAUGAGGAGAAAAAUUAAGUGAUUUGAGCAAAUGGCUGCAAUAUAACACAUCAUGAAAAUUUUCAGGGGGUCCGAAUACUUUGCGUACCCACUGUAUGUAUGUAUGUAUCGAUCCAAUAUAUGUAUAGAUCACAAAUGAGUUUCUGCAGAUGGCAUUGUGUGACAGAUGUGGACUGUCAUGAUGUCGGACGACCCGUAACGAAGGUCUCCUGUCCCGAAACUGCGGCUGAUCUCAUUUGAUAUUAUCUGAUCCAUAAAAGCUCAAAUAUUGGGCUGAUCAUGAAAUAUUAUUAUUUAUGAUAGUUUGAAGCUGUCAUGAGUAGAAAUGUCUGCAUAUAUUUUGGCGAUGAUUGUUGACAGUUGUGGGACAUGAAGCCACGUUUCUUGGGUUCAUGCAUGAGGCUUGCAAGGAUGUGGUGCUCGCCCGGCGUGUUUGCGUCAUUUUAAUGAUGGCGUCCUCAUCCAUCCCAAUCCAUAAGUUUGCGUUUUUUCUUUUUUUUCUUUUUGAAGCAUUCCACCUGACAGCUGCGAUAUACAAAUAUGACCAAUGACUGCCACUUCAUAGUAUGAUACAUUCCUUUUCCCACACCAGCGAUGCCAGUGCUUUUCAAUUUUCAAUUUUGUUGAUGAGAAAGGGGCGUUCGAAAGGGAAUUAGUUAUUUACCAAUUGCUCCAAAAUGUAUUGAUAUUAUUGGAAAUGAGUGCCAGUUUCAUUUUCUUGAGCAUGCAUGCAUUUUGUCCAAUGUUUUAGUGAUGUCAAUAUCAAAUCAGUGAAUGAUUGAUUGAAAUAGACUGGAAAGAAACUUUGACUUGGUGCUAAACUGUAACGUGUAUAUGUGAUCCUGA